AUGAACCCGUACCUUGCCGUGAUGUAUUCUGUAGUAGAGUUCAUUGAAACCAAGGAGGUGGAACUGGUUCCCUCUCUCUGGGUGAGGGAUGGACAAUGUUACUGGCCUACUUCCCAGAGAGGAAUGGCUCUACACCAGGCCAUUAAAAAUGAGAGCUAUGAAGAGGGCCGCCGUAAGGUAAAGGAGGCGGAGGUUACCUCAGACCUCCAGUCUGAGGCGGAGGCAUCUGGUGAUAGGCCAUUGAGGAGGAAAAGAAAGAGUGUUCGACUUUGCCCCCUGGGGGGUUUGGAAGAGGUGGUGUCGGAGGAGGACAGUCCCCCACCAGCCUCCAAGAAACUCGCCCCUGCCCCUUUUAUCCCCACCAUUAAUCCCUCCCCUCAACCCACUUAUACUGUCCUGAACUCCCCUGCACUCCCUCCUCUCCCCACCACUGCACUCCCUCUUCUCCCCACCACUGCACUGAGCUUUUCGGACAUGGUCCACAAUUGGGAGCCAGACACCCACGUGCCAUCAUUACCUGGCCACAGCUUCAGAUGGGCCCCCCAGCAGACAGAUUCUGGACUACAGGGACAAAGCUCAAAUGGGGACACACAAUUACUGAAAGAGGUGCUUACAAAGCUGGAAAUGGUGCUGGACCAGCAGUCCACCAUAUUGCGGCUGCUCCAGCAUCGGGAGGGGACGGCUUUAUCAGCCCCUGAAGGCCUUCCCCUCCAGGAUUUAGCCCAGCUCCUGGUCCUGGAGCAGAGCCUCCAGGACCAGGAUCAAAGAGAAAAAAUGAUCAACUACCUGGCAAUAAUCGGGGGAGCGGAUGUACGUGACUGCACGUGGAGAUUAAUAGGGCGUGUAAUCUCAAAUGGGCUGGCCAAGGGGCUAAACUGGAGGGGAGUAAAUGGAAAGACCUCCUUGGCCAGCCUCCACCUGAAGGAGGUGAUUAUUGCUGCUGUACGCCGAAAUCCACUGUCCGCGGGUUCAUCUGAGGCGACAGUGGAGGCAGUAAUGAAGAGGUGGCUGCAGCUGGCAGCAGACCGUGAGGGAGGGCGGAAAAGGAGGCUCCUCGCAAAAGAAAAUGUUUGA